AUGGAAAUGACGUCCCUUGGAGACCUUCGAAAAGUCAUACCCCAGGAUUGCUUUCGUCCCUGCACGCAGACUUCUCUCUACUACAUCGCCAGAGAUGUCGUGGCUUUGGCAGUGCUCGCAUCAACUUGGACCCAUACUAUACUUCUGGCAUGGACAGCGUACUCCUUCCUCCAGGGUCUCGUGUGUACCGGGAUCUGGGUAUUGGCCCAUGAAUGUGGCCACGGGUCGCUCUUCUCCUCAGCAAGAAUGAACGAAACCUUUGGAUUCAUACUUCAUUCUUUCCUGAUGGUCCCGUACUUUUCCUGGAAGUACACUCACCGGCGCCAUCAUCGGUUUACAGGGCACGCAACUAGGGACGUCGCCUUCGUGCCAGCUAUGAAACCAGCCGACUCUGACAGAGACAUGUUCCCUCCUUCGGCGCCCAUGGAAGAAUCAGAUGUCCCGAUAGUACAAGUAGUCUCGCUAAUGGGACAGCAACUACUCGGCUGGCCUUUACACGUUUUGUUCAAUGUGUCUGCCGGUAAAGACAGUCUUCUGCGAGAGGUUUCCGGACCCUCUCAUUGGUUGAGAUGUAGCAAGGAACUUGGUGCAACCAGCAUAAUCCUGCUAUAUCUUCUUCCUUACCUAUGGGUUAACAAUUGGCUUGUCGCCAUCACCUAUCUACAACAUAACCAUCCCAGCGUCCCUCAUUACACCGACGAUGGAUGGAAUUUUAUAAAAGGUGCCCUUUCAACCAUUGAUAGAGACUUUGGCUUCAUUGGGAGGCACUUCUUCCAUCUCAUCAUUGACAGACACGUGGUUCAUCACCUGUUUCCAAGAAUACCAUUCUAUAAAACAGACACAGCCACGGCUGCCAUCAAGUCAGUAUUGGGCGAGUUGUAUCACUCCGAAGACAGUAGUUUUCUCGGCGAAUUAUGGUAUCAGUUUCGCACUCUCAAGUAUGUGGAAAAUGACCCCCAUCGUCCUGGCUGUACCCGGUGGACGUUGUAA